GCUUCCCGUUGCAUCUCCUUAAUCUUCCCCAAUUCGUAACUGAGGCAAAAAUCAAGGUAGGGCGGCCGCCCUACCUUGCCCUACCGGGUCCUCCGCCCUUGAUCUCUCGUACUAGGUGCGUGCUUGAUUUUGUGGGGCUGAGUGGUUAGGAGGAUGCUUGGAGUAGAGUAGAAACCUCCCCGAUUUGAGAAUUUUCAUGGGUGUGUGGUGUGGUCACGAAUUGUUGAGUUGCAGGGUGGAGCUUCAUUGGGGCCAGGGGGCCCUGCACCCCUGAAACCCCCUCCCCCCGAUGAUUAGGAAGAAUUAAGAAAUAAAAUAGCUAUGUAUUUAUGUGUUGGCGCCAGUGACGGAGCUAGACAAGAAUGUCCAGGGGAUGGCGAAAGCCAAAACAAAAUUUGUACCACUGAAACACAAUGAAAUUUGUAGCCUUGAGAUAAAGUUAUAUUGAUAUUGUCCAUAUUAGUUACUCCUUCCGAUCCUAAAUUGUUGUCGAAAUAUUACAUGUAUCUAGACGCCUUUUAAGAAUAGAUACAUCCAUAUUUGGGCAAAUUUGAGACAAGAAUUUAGGAUCGGAGGGAGUACAAUAUACAUGCAUGAUUAGCCAUAUCCAUACAUAUAUAAAGUGAACUACUUCAAAAGAGAACAAACUAGACCAAAAUAUAAUACUCCCUCCGUCCCAUAUUAAGUGCCGAAAUAUUACAUGUAUCUAGACGUAUUUAGUAUAUAGAUACGUCCAUUUUUAGACAAAUUUGAGUCACUUAAUAUGUAACGGAGGUAGUACUUGAACAUACUGCAUACUGAUCAGCUUUCCGAUCCUUAACGGUCUUGAAUUCUUCUAAGAUAUCAAGCUGCAGGGGGCAAAAGUUGCCUAUUUUCCAAUCUAAGCCCAAAUUAGUAAUCCAUUAAUUUUUUUUAGCGGGCUGGGGGGUGGUGCCCCCCCCCCUCCUUGUAGCUCCGCUAGUGGUUGGCGCCCUCUUAAUUUUCCUCCAACCUCCGUCACUGUUCAGUUAAAAUUUGUUUCGUAGUAAAAAAUUUGAUCAGUGAAAUCUCCAUACUUUGCACCACGGGAAGGCAGAUGAUUUACAUACUGCAUGGUAUUAAAGUUGAGGAGCAACAAUAGGCUAGAGAAUGUUGUUUAUCCCGUGGAACUGCGUGAAAGAACAAUUUUUGGGCUCUGAUUUGGGGACUCUUACAAAUACACGUUUCAGAAUUUUAGGUCUGCUGAAGUUUUCAAGUGUAUAGGGCAUAGAUAACCUCACUUACCUAAACAGGGUUGAGGCUAGAUAGUAUUUCUAAGUGAACCUGUUUGCGGAGUGGUAAGCUUUAUUGAUCUUGAGCUCUACACAAAUAGGCUUGGCGUACUGUAUGAACAUGUGGCUAUUUUCCCAAGUGGGCUGAAAAUGAGAACUCACAUCUUAGCUUAAGAGUUGCUCGAUCCACGGCGACUCAUUAAAAUGUCUCCAUUUAGGUGUAUUAGCACAAUUCAGCUUACCAGUUAUUGCUUACUCCUAACUUUAAAGUCCUGUAGGUAAAUUCAUAAUCCUGCAUUUUGUUCUUUAUGUUUUGGAGAAGCGUCGAGUGGUUUAUUCCUGUUGGAAAAAUAUUAAAUGAGUGUGAGCCAAGUGUAGACUAUGUAGGAUCUGUUUGGUCCUUGCAUUUAAUGCCAUCCCCGUGUAAAAUUGUAGCGGAUGAGUUCGAACUACAUGUUUACAAUAUCUUUUUUUCAUCAAUGCGUAGUAAGCUCAUAUUAUCUCACAUAACUCAAAGUGGAUGUCCCCAGGUUUUACUAGGAAACACAUGUGGUUUGGUGUAAAGUAACCAAGCAGUUGCCCACUCGCAUCCCCCUCACGCGCGGCUCAUACGCCAAACCCCCCAUCAAAAUGGUCUCCUGGGUCCAUGCACUGCCAUUGGCUUCAUUUGGUCAGUGACACAACAUAUGUCAUUGACUAACCUGGACAGGCUGGAGUCUACGAGGGCCAGAUACUUGUACAUUUUAUAACCAAGUGAACCAACUACAUUGAUGAGGGAAGCACUCCAAGUCUAAACCCAAAAGUAGCCAAGAACAACCCAAGCACCCAACUCUCCUUUGAACGCCACACCGAAACGCCACCUGUUUGGCACGUCGUCCGGCAAGUGCCGCUUCAGUACGCCAACGGUCAUCCAAGCAGUAUGGGACGUGACGAGGAACCAUUGAUUCCGUCAAGCGCGCGGCCUCAUGUGCUGCUCCUGUGCAGCCCGUGCAUGGGCCACCUCAUCCCUUUCGCCGAGCUAGCUCGCCAGCUCGUCGCUGACCAUGGCCUCUCCGCCACUUUGCUCUUUGCUGCGGCCACGGAUCUCCCCUCGGAGGAGUACGCCGCCCUGGCUGCAUCUGUUCCCAACAGCAUUGACUUUGUUGUGCUGCCUGCGCCACCCGCAGACGUGCUACCAUCCUUUGACUCCAUGCGCGAGCGCGUCAUGCAUGCAGUCUCCUGGAGCAUCCCGCGUGUCUGGGACGUUGCCCGUUCGCUGGCCGCCUCAACCGCGCCACUUGCUGCGCUUGUGGUGGACAUGGUCGGCGUGCCGGCGCGUGACGUCGCCAAGGAGCUCGGCGUCCCAUGCUACAUGUUCUUCACCUCUCCGUGGAUGCUGCUGUCCCUGUUCCUGCACCUCCCGGAGCUCGACGCGAAGCUCACCAAGGAGUACCGGGACGCCACGGAGCCUAUCCGGCUGCCUGGAUGCGUGCCAAUCCAUGUGCACGAGCUCCCAGGAUCAAUGCUCGCUGACCGGAGCAGCAGCACAUACGUUGGGUUCUUGUCCAUGGCCAAGGAGGCCGCAAGAGUCGAUGGGAUUCUGGUUAACACGUUCUGUGACCUGGAACCCGCGGUCGGUGAAGGCAUGGAUUGUAUGAAGCUACCGGUGCAUGCGGUCGGGCCGUUGGUCUGGGCUAGGCCGAUAGGUGUGCAAGAAGAUCAUUCACGCACCGUAAGAUGGCUGGACCACCGGCCACGUGGAUCCGUUGUGUACGUGUCUUUUGGGAGUGGUGGCACGCUAACAUGGCAGCAGACAACUGAGCUAGCGCUUGCACUGGAGAUGACUCAGCAUCCAUUCGUCUGGGCCAUCAAGAGGCCAGACAACGACACAGUGAGUGGAGCUUUCUUUGGAACCCAGCAAGGAGAAGACGAUGACCCAUUCGGCUUCCUACCAAGGGGCUUCAUUGAGAGGACGAAGGGUGUGGGGCUUCUUCUCCAAUCAUGGGCCCCGCAGACGGCCAUCCUCUCACAUGCCUCUGUUGGGUGUUUCAUGACGCACUGUGGAUGGAACUCAACGUUGGAGAGCAUCUUGAAUGGUGUGCCAAUGGUGGCAUGGCCACUCUAUGCAGAGCAGAAGAUGAAUGCUGCGAUGUUGGAGGUCCAGGCGAAGGUGGCGGUCCGUGUCAGCAUUGGACCUGGUGGGUUUGCCAGCAAGGAGGAGAUUGCUAGCGUGAUCCGGCAUGUGAUGGAUGAGGAGGAAGGAGCAAGGAUGAGGAAGUUUGUUGGUGAGGUCAGAGAUAGAGCGGCACAUGCUGUGAGCAAAGAUGGUUCUUCGGCUCAUGCACUCGCGCAAGUUACAAAUGUGUGGAGAUCUUUUGCCAGUGAAAAAUGAAAAAGAAAGUCGAGUAAUUGUUUUUUCCCUUCUGCAAGCAACUGCCCAUCAUGAAUUGUUUAAUAUUUAUAUAUACUAGCACCAUACUUUUUGGCUUGUGUAUCAAGUACUUGUGCUGCCGUGUGGGAUAAUAUGAUACUUGCAUGUGUUGCUAUUUCUUUUGCAUUUGUGAGAGCAUGUUGAACUUAAUUUUUUUUCUCAUCA